CAAGCGGUGUGAAAGUUAGCGUUAACUUGCGUUCCUGUCCUUUAAGUUCCGCACGAACGUAAACAUUCUGUUUCAGUGAUCUUCAGAAAUAAUUUCAGACUUGUUACAAUUGCUUCACACAUCAUUUUAGCCGUGGUACUGACUGGACAAAACUGCUCACAAUUACAACUUGGGCUUUUAUGGAAUUCGAGGAUACAAGGAGCGCUUGAAGAGAGCAUAAAGCUAGUCUACAAACAUGGCGCUGCCCUUGUAGAGUGUUAUGUCUUUCGGGUUUGGUUUGUUUGCUAAUAUACUGCGUGAUAAAGAUAUAAUUUUGUAACCGUGACCUUUGUUUAUUGCACUAUGAAUCGAAUUCAUAUCGAUGAAAAGGCUUUUUAUCAAACCUAGAGGGUAGUUUAGGGAGCUGACUUUUGGCACAUGCUGUAUGUAGUGUAUGUAGUGUAUGUAGUGUAAGAGGCGGGACUUGUGCGUGCUGUCAGUCAUGUCAGGGAGAAACGUUUGGUCCAGUAGCAGGCAGAGGAUGAGGAGAUUCCCUGAGCUGUUUGCUCGGUGCUCAGAGGAGGCAGCUGCUUAUGGUAAAUGCGUGGCUUCCACUACAACUGGGAAACAGGAGCUGAAGAAAGAUUUGUGUCUUAAAGAGUUUGAAGCUCUAAAGAGAUGCUUCAUCAACGCUGCAAAUCAGCGUAUCAAGUAGAGGAAGAAUACAGUUUGUAUGCCUUGUUGGAUAAUUACUUGCGGCUGAGACAUUCGUUCACUUAUCUUCAGGAAGUGCUUUAUCCUGGUCAAGGUCAUGGUGGAUUCUGAGCCAUUUCAAGAAACAUUAGGCUUGAGACUGGAAUAGAUGCUGAGUAGGACAUUGAUGCAUAUACUUUCAAAUGUAGAGGCAAUUUAGUAAAGACAAUCCACUUAAGGGCAUGUUUUUUUUAAUUGUUUGUUUGUUUGAAAAGUGUGAGGAAACCAGAAAACAGAGAACAUAUGAAACACCAAACAGACAAUAACCUGAACUUUCAUACUGCCAGACUGCUGUUCAUUUUUUUUCUUGUUGUGCUUUUUGUUUAAAUGUUUGAACAUUCAUAACAACAUCUUGGUGCAUAAAAUAAACGAUUUAUAUGCCUCA